AUGUGCAUAGGAGUGCUAGUGUUUUCUGAGUUCCUCUUGCACAUUGUCUUUUCGCUCCUCCUCCGUGUUCCUUCCCUCCCAUCAUCUCAGGCAGAGGCAGUGACCCUGUUGCCGCACUCAACACAUGCCGCACUCAACACAUGCCUCCUCACUACCAUGUGCCAUGCCAGUGUGCUGUGCAGUAUCUAUGUGGAGGCUAUGGCUGUGUUACCACAGCAGUCAGUGCAUGCCGCACUUCCAUGUGACAUGCCAGUGGCCGGCACUGAUGCCCCAUCCCACAUACCAAAUUUGAGAUCGAACAUGCCAACUCCGCCGUCCCACGCGCCGCAUUCACUGGGCUACACACUGCAGCCCUGCAGCGACUGCUGCAGCACGCCGCAGGCAUCCUCCCAGCAGCUCUCUGGCAUGGAAGCUACUGAGAAGGUGGAGGCACCUGCUGAAUUGCCAUCUGCUGUUCCAGGAGGCAGCGUUAAUGCGUCAUCUCACAUCCCAAAUCCGAAAUCGAACAUGCCAAGUCCGCCGUCCCACGUGUCGCAUUCACCAGGCUACACACUGCAGCCGUGCAGCCAGCGCAGCAGCACCACGCCACAGGCAUCCUCCCAGCAGCUCACUGGCGUGCCAUCCCACGUGCCGCAUUCACCGGGCCACGCACUGCUACCCUGCAGCCAGCGCAGCAGCAGCACGCCACAGGCACCAUCCCAGCAGCUCACUGGCGCACCAUCCCACGUGCCGCAUUCACCGGGCUACACACUGCAGUCCUGCAGCCAGCGCAGCAGCACUCCACAGGCACCAUCCCAGGAGCUCGCUGGCAUGGAAGCUGCUGAGAAGGUUUCUCUGGAGUUGGGUCAAGCACCGGAGCAGGUGCAGGUGGUAAUAACGAGGGCCGCGGAUGGACUGUUGGCUGUGAAGCUGGUGCCUUAUAACGAGGUGGUGAAGGACGUGUGCAAGUCCAUUCCAGGGCGCUUCUAUGAUAGAGUGUCCAGGCAGUGGAAGUACCCAUUCCACAUGGCGGAUGAGGUGGUAGCAGCGCUCGCAUGCAUCACUGACGUUCCUAUUCAGAUAGUUGCCGAUCCUCCCUCGUUACUGUCACAAACUGCUUGGGGCAGUAUAGAGGGGGAGGCGGAUAAGGAAGAGGAGGAACAUGCAAGAAAGCGGCUACGAGGAGAUUUGAGCUGUAUGAACGGGAACAGUACACAUUCCGGAAGUAUACAUGCCAGCGGUGCUGUUGGUGGUGGCAGCACAGACGUCAUGCCUUCCCUUUCCACGUGUGGUGAUGGCAGUGGCACCUCUAGUGACUUGCCAGGGAGUGGAUUCAUAGCAGCAGGUGGAGAGGAGGGUGUUUGUGCGUUUGUUGCAACAGGUGGAGCGAGAGACACGCUAGCCAAAGAGGGGGACAUGCGUGACAGUGGUGGGGUAGGCAUCUGCAGCGGCAGCACUGGUUCCGAUUCCAGCCUGAGUGCUCUUCCCUCCGUGCUUCCAUCAUCGCCGGUAGUGCCGUCUUCUGACCAGCUAUGGCUGCGGCUUUCACGGCAUGAAGAACAGCCGCUGAUGGAGGAUAAUCAGAUGGGGGGGGAACAGACGAAGCGGCAGUUGAUGCAGCAGCAGCAGCAGCAGAUUCAGAAGAUACAGCAGCGACAUCAGCAACAGAACCAGCAGCAGCAGCAACAACAACCUCAGCAACAGCAGCAGCAACCUCAGCAACAUCAGCAACAGAACCAGCAGCAGCAGCAGCAGCAGCAGCAGCAGUGUCGAAGGAUCCGCCUGCUGCCAUCCUCCAACGGCCGAGUGGCUGCAUCCUUUGUCUUCCACCAGGACCUCGUGGCGCCCAUGAGGAGCGUCCCUUGCUCCAUCUGGGACCAGGACAAGCGGCUGUGGGUGUUCCCUCUCUCCUCCCUGGAUGCAUUUCUUGAAGCCGUGCAGUCGGUGCCAACCUGUGAUGUGGAGGUGGAGCCGUUGCCGGCCGUGGUGAAGCGAGCACUGGAGGAGACAGCCAAGCUACCAGACGAUUCAGGUCGCUACUUUGACUUGCCGGACGGAUUUCGGAAGCUUCUGAUGCCCUUCCAAGAGCAAGGCAUGCAGUUUGCUCUGUCGCGUGGUGGCCGGGUGCUGAUAGCAGACGAGAUGGGGCUGGGAAAGACGGUGCAGGCAAUAGGGCUGGCUGCAUCCUACAGGGACGAGUGGCCCGUGCUUGUCAUCGCCCCCUCCUCUCUGCGCCUGCACUGGGCCAUGAGCAUCAUGCGGUGGCUCGACCUGCCUCCUGAAGACAUCACGGUGGUGAUGCCUCAGGGGGGCGCCACUCGCAGCAUUAACGGGUUCAACUUUGUCCGCUGCUCUCGCAACCAGCCCCUCUCACUGCAAUCACCCUUCAACAUAGUCUCCUAUGACCUGCUUGAUCGCCUGGAGCAGCCAGAUGAGCCGUUCAAGGUGGUGAUAGCAGACGAAUCGCACUACCUUAAGAACUACAAAGCCAAGCGCACAAACCUGGCCGUUCCACGAUUGCAGGCAGCCAACAGGGCCAUUCUUCUCACGGGCACACCGGCCCUCUCACGCCCCAUCGACCUCUUCAAGCAGCUGGAGGCGCUUCAGCCGCGUGCCUAUCACAAGCUGGGGGAGUAUGGCAAGAGGUACUGCCGCGGGGGGAGAUUCGGAGAAUUCACAGGCUCUAGCAAUCGGGAGGAGUUGCAUGCGGUGCUGAGCGGUACGGUCAUGAUCCGGCGGCUCAAGAAGCAAGUGCUGCCACAACUGCCAGCCAAGCGACGACAGCAGGUGCUGCUGAUGCUGGAGGAGAAGGCCAUGAAGCCCAUUCGCGCACUGCAUAUGCAGCUGAGAAAGGUGCGGGAGAAGAAGAGGGCGGCAGCGACUGCGGAAAAGGAGAGCGAAGCAGUCAUGGAGGAGAGGGCUCUGGUGUCCCGGCUGUACACGGAGUCAGCUGAGGCAAAGGUGGAUGCUGUGAGGGAGUACCUGGGGACGAUGCUGGAGGGGGGGUGCAAGUUCCUGGUGUUCGCCCAUCACAUGACCAUGAUGGAUGCUCUUUCCGACUUCUUCCAGAAGGAGAAGGUUGGGUACAUUCGCAUUGACGGGGGCACUGCGCCUGAAAAGAGGCAUCAUCUGGUGUCGCGCUUUCAGGAAGACGCUGGCACUCGUGUGGCUGUGCUGGGCAUUCAUGCAGCAGGGGUGGGUCUCACGCUCACAGCAGCCAGCACGGUGGUGUUUGCAGAGAUGGCGUGGAAUCCGGGGGACCUGGUGCAAGCAGAGGACAGGGCGCACAGGAUAGGCCAGGCCAAUUCGGUGAAUGUGUAUUACCUUCACGCCCCUGAAACCAUUGAUGACCUCAUAUGGAGCGUUGUGCAGCACAAGCUGGAGAAUCUGGGACAGGUGAUGGACGGAGAGCAGAAGCAGUCGCUGCAGGUGCACAAGGACCCUCGCCAUGCUGCCCCUGCUGCUGCUCUUGCAGGCAGGAAGAAGGGAGGGGGCGAUGAGCAGCAGGGGGAGCAGAGCAGUGGGAAGUGGGGGGAGCUUACCCACGGGGGUGUGACUGAUGGAGGUGUGACUGUAACGGGGUGUGGGGGUGGGGAUGAGAAGAAGAGGCAGCGCACGAUCAGUGAGAUGUUUCAGCCGCCGAGCUAG